UUCCCUUUUCCCCUUCUCUCUACCCGCCUCUCUAAGUUUCCUUGCAGCGGCACGCUGUUCCGCUGCAGCUGUUGACCUCUGCCGCCCUCACCUACCCACUACCCUGCUGCAUCUUUGAACAUCCCGGCCCUUUGCUUCCAGACACCUGCACCUUUAGUUCCCUGUGCCUUGUGAGAUUCCGUUCCGAGAACCUUCUCGUCGGAGAGGCUGUAGCAAAGUGUCUGUGCAGCCAAAUCUCUGCCGGAAUUCUUGGCCACAAACCUUGCUGAUCAGGGCAAGACUCUGUCGGAAUUUUUUUACAAGAAACCUUGUAGCUGUUCAGGCUGUCACUCUGCCGAAAUUUUUCACCAGAAACCUUGCUGGUUAGGGCGUUACUCUGCCGAAAUUUCCAGCUGCAAAACCCUCUUGUCCAGGCCGACACUCUGCCAAAAUUUUCACCUGGGGUUUCUUGAUUGGUCAGGGCGAGACUCUGUUCGAAUUCCCAUUCGAAUACCUUGUUUGCUCAAGGGGAAACUCUGCUGGAUUUUUCUUUCGCGACAAGCUCUUCCUUGAGCUGCUCUUCUGACUUGUGUCCAUGCUUGUGCCACGAACCUUUUGAUGCUGCUGCUCUUCCGGUCCCAUCCCCCGUGUUUAUGAUAACAUCCACCGUCCUCGUCCAGUCCUUCUCCGUCGUCUUCCUCUACUGGUUCUAUGUCUUCUCAUAAUUAACCGACCGCACGUAGUAAUUAUUUCUUGGAGAUUUACGUUCUGAUUUCUGCCAAGAAGUGCUAGUAAAAUCGAGCAAGAAAGUGAUUAUUAACCAGGUAAUUUUAUCGGUGAGACUAAGAAAGAAGAACAUGGCAUCUCCCAGCAUGGUGUCCGCUGUGACCACGUCGCCGUCGACCGGGUCCGAGCCCGAGGCGCCCUGCUGCGACCCGCAGCUGGCCGCGGUGACCGCGGAGAGGAAGCGCAAGCGCAAGGAGUCCAACCGGCUCUCCGCGCAGCGGUCGCGCGCACGCAAGCAGCAGCAGCUGGACGACCUGACGAAUCAGGUGACCGCGCUGCGCGCCCGAAACGGCGCCAUGGCCGCGGCCGCCUACGACGUUGAGCGCCGGUGCGCCGCCGUGCAGGCCGAGAACGCGCUGCUGCAGGCCAUGAACCUCGAGCUCGGCGAGCGCCUCCAGUCCCUGACCGAGCUCAUCCAGUGCAUGGAGGCCGCCAUGUACCACCAGCCACAGCUGCUCGACGCCAACAUGUACUACUACUAGUAGUGCCAUGCCAUCCGGUCGCGUCUUCAGGCCGUUGCCAGGGAAGUUAACUGUAACUAGCUCUCGAGUUGUGUCCAUGAUCUAUGUAAGUAGCUGUGUGUGCAAUGUAUUUGUUGCUUUGUCCAGCUCUGUCGUGUUGUUAUUGGGUGGGCACUGGGGCAAGGGCAAAGUAGGGUUUUUGUGGUGGAGUGUGCUGUGUCACUUUAUAGUGUGACAAGGACGGCAAAGAGCUAAGUAUGUGGUUAAUUAGAUGCCCUUGUGGAACAAGCAACUGCCUUAUAUAUACCGUAUCAUUUUGUCAAGUC